UGAAGACCGAAUCCAGGUGGGAACCACAAACGUACGUGAGUACAUCUCUCACCCUCUCUCUCGUUCUCUCUGUGCCUGCCUGAAAUCGACGGAGAAACAGAGGACUCGUCUUCGACUUGUCUCCGCAAAACCCUAAAACGUGUCGUCCGCAAAUUAUUGCCCACACUUACAAUGCAGCGUUACAAGCUCCGAACCCUAGAAGAAUUUCGCUAAAAUCGUGCUUAAAAACCCUAGAACAACAAAAUUCGUAGAGCAGUUCGAGCUCAUUUCCUUGAUUUCAAUUAACAGUUGGCGGUUCGUAGCGAAGAGUGCAAAUGGUCGAUAGUAAUGGAGGGAAGUAAGGGCGGGGAGCAAAAUGGCAGCUCUAGCGAGAGUCGGCCUCCAAAUCCUCUUGCUGGAGCUUAUCGUCAGUGUCUUAGCAGUAACCGUGUCGCAUCGGCUUGCAAAAAGUCGCUUGUUCGCCAUCCAUCUCUUCAGGUGAAGGUGAGAAUGUCAGAUGUUCCUAUUGAGCCUGACAUGACUGAAGGGGCUCGUGAAACAAAUUUCAUUCCAAUUGUUCGCUCAGGGGGUUGGGCAGACAUUGGUUUUCGUCAGAGCAUGGAGGAUGCAUAUGUUUGUGUUGAUGACUUCAUGCUUGAUUAUGGGCACGAGAAUUUCUGUGAAGGGCCCAAUGCCUUCUAUGGGGUCUUUGAUGGACAUGGAGGGAAGCAUGCUGCUGAUUUUGCCUGUAAUCAUUUACCAAGGUUCAUCAUAGAGGAUGAAGAUUUCCCAAGGGAGAUUGAGAAGGCUGUUUCUUCUGCAUUUCUUCAAACUGAUUCUGCUUUUGCAGAAGCUUGCUCUAUGGACACAGCUCUUGCUUCUGGAACAACUGCGCUGGCAGUUCUUGUUUUGGGGAGAUCAUUGUUGGUGGCAAAUGCAGGAGACUGCCGGGCAGUACUUUGUCGUCGUGGCAAAGCAAUUGAGAUGUCGAGGGAUCACAAGCCAAUUUGUAUCCAUGAGAGGAAGCGUAUAGAAGCUUUAGGUGGAUAUGUCUAUGAUGGUUACCUCAAUGGCCAGCUGAAUGUUGCUCGUGCACUUGGGGACUGGCACAUGGAAGGGAUGAAGGGUCAGCAUGGUGGACCUCUCAGUGCUGAGCCUGAGAUGAUGAGUACCAUGUUGACAGAGGAGGAUGAGUUCCUUAUUAUGGGCUGUGAUGGGAUUUGGGAUGUAUUUAGGAGCCAGAACGCAGUGGAUUUUGCACGACGUAAGCUCCAGGAGCAUAAUGACCCUGUCAUGUGCUGUAAAGAGCUGGUUGACGAGGCCUUGAAGAGGAAGAGUGGGGACAACUUGGCAGUAGUGAUAGUCUGCUUCCACUCGAAACCACCACCAAGUCUGGUGGAGCCUCGGCGGAGAGUGCAGAGGAGCAUAUCUGCAGAGGGUCUGAGGGAACUGCAGAGCUUCUUGGAUGAUUUGGGUGGUAAGUGAGAAGGUAUGCUAGAGGCUGUAGGUUUUAGUUAGUGAUUAGGAUUCUGAGAUAUUCUUCCAACUGUAACAUAUGCGGCAGCGACAAAAUUUUUCUUGUUUCAUUAAGGAUUUGAUUCUCUUGCAUCAUUUGGGCUUAUGUCAAAAGAAUUACAAUGAUAUAUUUGAUAAGGAAUUGCCUUUGUCAUUUGUCCCAAACCUUUUAUUUAUUUAUUUAUUUUUUUACCCAUGGAAUCGUUGGUUGGACGUGAA